GCAAGUGGCUCGGACCCGCCGAAGGACUGCGGCGUCCCCGGGGUGGUGACGCGGGGAGGGAACGGCGACGGGCCGGAGCCGGGGCGGUGGGGUGAGUUUCCUCUGGGCAGCGUUGACGACCCUGAGGGAUUCGCCCGAGGCAGGGAGUGGGCGCCCCGGGCCAGGCCCGGGCCAGGGAAGAGCCCCGGCCUGAAAGCGGGAGAGGUUAGACGCGGGCAUCGGUAGCCAGUACUCGCCGAGUGGCGAGUUCGGGUUAGAAAUUGACCUGCGGCGCGCUCCCGGGCAGCGGGACACUGCGGCGAGCAGGGAACCCUGACGCAGCCGCUGUGGAGAGAGCUGCUUUCUCAGGCGCUUCAUCUGGAGCACCUGGAAUGGAUAAAAGUGGCAGUUUUUGUUUCUUCUUAUGAGGUUGUGUAUCUGGAAUGAGAACCUUGAAAUAAUCUAGAGUAGUACAUUUCUAAGGACCUGGAAUGGCACUGGGCAGCACCAGGAGGACCUGAAAGGAUAUUUGAGGGCACAGAGCUACAGAAGAGUGUGCCAGCAUGAGUCAUGAAAAAUAAUUGAUCAGAAACAUCAAUAGAAAAAUUUUGUUGAUUUCUUCAGGCAGUGGAAAAGUUAAGUCUUGGUUCAAAUUAAGCAAAAUCUACACAGAAGAGAAAUAAAACUCUCAAAUAUGAAGAGUAACAACAACCUAAAGUAAAUCUAGGGAAAAGGCGAAAGGACAGAUUUUUUUUCUCAUUUUUAAGCUAUGAUACAAUAUUUGUAAAACUUUUGGAUUCAUCUCUAAGAAUUGCCAUGAUUCUGAAACUUGAUAAUAUCCCAAAUAUGGAACAAUUUCAGUGAAAAGUAACCCUUGAGAAUAAACCAGAGAUACGCCAGGAAGAGGAUCUGAGAGUGGGAAAAUGCCACUAAUACAUUAUUUAUGUGUUGACAGAUACCUUGGUAAACAUAAACACUCGGUUCAAGCUCAGUGUCUGCGAAUGCUAUACUGAACAGCAUUCAGUCUCCUUCAUAUUGUGAUCAAAGUUAGAUUUCAUUUAUAUGGACAACAGAACCUCCUAAUUUUCUUCACAUCAAGAUACUGUACAAGUGUUUCUGAAUUUCAUCUCUCCAGACAUCCCACUGUCAGGGCCCUGGAGCUUGGAGUCUUAAUCUGGGUAGAUGGACUGCUGGGCAGUGAACACGGUGCAGAGCAAUAUGAGCGCGGUUUUCUUUUCUGGCAGUGAGGUAGAAGGUCAUUCGGAAGGGGAGAAGCCACACUGCAUCUCUGCUCUGUCUACUCUGGUUUUGCCUCUAAAGCUUUCCCACUCCCUCAGAAGCCCUCCUUGUCAUCGAGACUUAGCUCUCCAGGGUUUCUUACAGCGACGUCUUGCCCCUCUUCCUUUUGUGUCUGUCUGUGGUGGCUUUGGGAGCGGAUGCAGGUAUCCCGUUAUUCCUGACUGAUGCUGCUCUGUGGAGGGAGAGGAGGAGCAGGGAGGCUUAGAAAACCAGUCACCCAUGUCUUCCAGGAGCACCUCGACAGGACUUCGGUAUCUGCAGCUUUCUGAGUUCACCUUGACCUCUAGCACGUCCGGCAUGACCCCCUAUCCUUUCCAGCCCGGUGCCUUCAAUACAGAUGCCUGUGCUUUCUGGGCUGUGAACUAGUUUUAGGGGCUUUAUUCGGUUAUUUUCCAACUUGUUAAGUCUUUUCCCUGUCUUUUCUCCUAUUGGUUGUUUGAAACCAAACUCAGUAUGACUAAGAGAGGGAAAUAUACGACAUUGAAUUUGGAGGAGAAAAUGAAGGUCCUAAGUAGGAUUGAAGCUGGGCGAUCUCUUAAAAAUGUAAUGGAUGAAUUUGGAAUCAGUAAAUCAACAUUUUAUGACAUUAAAAAAAAUAAAAAAUUGAUUUUGGACUUUGUGCUGAAGCAGGACAUGCCAUUAAUAGGGGCCGAGAAGAGAAAGAGGACCACGGGGGCCAAGUACAGUGACGUGGACGAUGCAGUCUACAUGUGGUACCAACAGAAACGCUCGGCCGGGGUCCCCGUUAGAGGCGUGGAGCUUCAGGCCGCUGCAGAGAGAUUCGCACAGUGUUUUGGGCGAACAGACUUCAAAGCUAGCACCGGUUGGCUUUUCAGGUUUCGGAAUAGGCACGCCAUUGGGAGCCGAAAAGUGUGUGGCGAACAAGUCCUAAGUUCAGCUCCGGAAAAUGUUGAGCCAUUUCGACAAAAACUGUCCAUGCUGAUCCGAGCGGAAAAACUGCAUCUAGCUCAGCUGUACAGCGGGGGCGAGACGGACCUCUUUGGGAAGUCAAUGCCAGAAAACACUCGGGGAAGCAGGAAAGAUACCUGCCUGCCUGGGUGGAAAAUGAACAAAGAACAGCUGUCUGCUCUUUUAUGUGCAAACGCAGAUGGAACUCAUAAGUUAAAGUCAGUCAUUAUUGGAAAAUCAGAGCUGCCCGAAAGCGGGAAAGCUGACACAAGCGCGUUACCUGUGAUAUAUAAACCCCGUCAAGAUGUUCGCUUCACCCGAGAAUUGUUUGCAGAAUGGUUCUUUCAAAACUUUGUUCCUGAGGUCAGACAUUUUCAAAUAAAUGUCCUAAGAUUGCAUGGAGAGGAUGUCAGGGCACUGUUACUUCUGGACAGUUCCCCAGCUCACCCGUCCACUGAAUCACUAGCCAGUGAGGAUGGUCGAAUAAAGUGCAUGUUCUUUCCCCAUAGCACUUCAGCCUUGAUUCAGCCAAUGAGCCAAGGUGUGAUCUUGAGCUGCAAACGACUUUAUAGGUGGAAGCAAAUUGAAGAGAGUCUUGUAAUUUUUGAAGGAAGCGAUGAUGAGCAAGCUAAAGGGGAAAAGGGAGUUUCCAAGAUUAAAAUCUGUAACAUAAAAAGUGCAAUUUUUAAUUGGGCAAAGAGUUGGGAUGAAGUAAAGCAAGUAACUAUAGCAAGUGCGUGGGAAAAUCUUCUUUACAAAAAGGAAUCUGAAUAUGACAGUCAAGACUUAGAAGAUGGAGAUUACAGAGAAAUUCUUCAGAAAUGUGGAGAGCUGGGAACGAAGCUGGAUGAUAGGGUGUGGUUAAAUGGGGAUGAAGAAGAAGGUAGCCCCCAGAAAACAAAAGGUGGGAUUACAAAGGAAAUUGUUCAGAAAGAAAGGGAAGGUGAAGAGCAGACGACUGAGUUUAAGUUAUCUGCUGUCAGAGAGAGUUUGGACUACCUUCUGGAUUUCGUUGAUGCCACACCUGAGUUUCAAAGGUUCCAUUCCACACUGAAAGAGAUGCAACAAGAAAUAAUCAAGAAACAAUUCCACAGGAGAAUCCAUUCUAGAAUCGAUAGCUUUUUAAAACCCAGACCUCGUAAUACUAAGGAUUCCUUCAGUAUGCCUUCCGCUUCUGGUUCUAGUGAUUAGAUUUUGUGUUUGAAGAGUUCUACAAUAAUGCAGGCUGUAAACCUGUUGUUUUUAAAUCAGCUGACCUCUUGUAUAUCAAUGCCCAUUUGUAUCUUGGUUAUAAAAUAUACCGUUUGAAAAGAAUAACUUUCUUUUAUUGUAUAUAUUUUUUGUAUUUUGGACAAAGAUCUAAAUAGCGAGGAAGUAUCAAACUAAGGUGGAGAGGGUGUAAGGAAAGCACUCGGUUCUCUCAUAAUGUACUCAUGACAUGUGACAAAGAAGUUGUAUAUGCUGACUAGUUCUCGUCACCUUUAUGAAGUUAGGGGUGGAUCCUCCCUGGGGGCGCAGGGGUUAAAAACACAGUGUGAUCAACAGAUUACCAGCCACUGCAACACCAGAUCAAUCCCCGGGCAGGGAGCUACCCACAUGGCACAGCAGACCUCUCCCUGCUGCUCCGCUCAGCAGUGUAUUUCAGUCAGUCUGCCUGUUCUGUUCCCCACUCUGUCUCUGGUGAAUCCUCUCACACGCCUCCACCCCGUACCUCUGGCCUGUACCCCAGGUCUUGUAUGCAUAAGUAAAUAAAUCUUUUAAAAAAAAGUUAGGAUAAUUUCAUUUUCAAUUUAAUGGUAUGACAUGCCCUGCUUUCUUCCAACUCUUUAAUAUUUGUUUUCCUCUUACUAUGGAAGUAACAUUUGCUCAUUAUAGAAGAUACAUAAAACAAAAUAAAAUCACCCCAGACUCUGGACCAAUGAUAGUCUCUCAACACUUUGGUAUAUUUUAUGUAUUUUUAAAAUAGAUUAUAUUGUAAAUACAAUUUUGUAUCUUACUAACAUUUUAUGCUUUGGCAUUUAUUGAGUACCUAGAAUUGUAUAUGUGCAUUUAGUUAAUCCUAUUAAUAGUCACUUCCCCUCUUAGCAAAUAGGUAAGGAAAUUGAAAUUUAGAGGUUAAGUAACUUCACCAAAGUCAUACAGCUAGUAAGAAGCAGAGACGAGAUUUAAGUUCUAUUUAAUGCCAGAACUCAGGCUUUUAACUAUAAUGCUCCCUAUUUCUCAGAAUUUCUUGCAUGUCAUUAAAGUAUGUUCAUAAGCCUCAAAUUUAAUAACAUUGUAAUUAUUCCAUUAUGGGGUGUACCAUAUCAGUUGAAAGAACUGUUUUCCUGUUGAACAGGUGUUCACCUCCAGUUUUUCAAAGUAAAUAUAGUGGACACCUUUUACAACAAAGUUGAAACUAUCACCUGAAGGUAAGUUGUAAGAAGUAAACGAUUAGAUCAAAGAGUAUGGACAUUUAAAAAAAUCUUGAUACACAAUAUUGCUCCCACAUUCCUACCAGAAGUCUGAAAGUACUCCCAGUCCAGCAAUACCGUUAUUAAAUGUUCUCAUGCUGUUAGCUUUUGCUUACCUUAUAACCAAAAGAACUGUAUCUUUAUGGCUUUUCCCCAUGUUAGUCUAAAGUGUCCUAAGCAUUUAGGUUGAUAUUUGCAAAUAAAAGCUUUGUUAGAAUAAUUAAUUCUUUAUUGGUAUUUAAUGUUUCAUAAAAUUCUCGGAUCUGUGUCUAGGUGUAGAGUCUGUGCCAGUGAUCAGUGCUAAGCCACUAUGACAUGAUUAAUGAAUAAAUGGAGUUCUAGUCAACCCAGUUGCUCUGGUAGUUCACCAUUUUAAUCACUGUUUUAAUAAGACAAUUGCCUCUUUAUUCUGUAUUUUUAAAAAUGCUCAAGCUCUUACCUGUUCUCCUAAGUCAACUUCAGCAUAAAAUUUAUUCAAGCCUGACACCAUACACAUACCAGCUCCCUCUGGGGAUUUAUUAAUAGGAUUUGGCAAGAGUUUACAUUCACAUUUUUCUCCUUUCAAGUUGUAAAUAGAGUCCUCAAAGUUAUUUGCAGAUUGCUUGCGAGUGGGAUUCUUUAUGAUGCUAUCGUUCAUGUUUUCACCUUUUAAAUUUUAGUAAUUUGUCUUAUUACCUCGCACUUAGCCGCAAAAGUUAAAUGUUGCGUCAGACAGUUUUGCGUUCCAUUCGGGAUUCGUUUACGCUCCUGGGUUUGGUUCCUGCGCCAGCCCCGCGGCCGCUGAAGGCGCGUCUUCCACUCCGGCCUCGCGACUCCCGGGAA